UUUCUUGGGUGCCGAUCUGACUAUAAAUAAGAAGAGAGAUAGGGCACGCAGAUAUCAGUCCGGUCCAUACGGCAGCCGUGGCGAGAGCUCCUCCCCCUCUCAUCUCGUCAAGCCAGAAACCGACCGCGGGUCUCCAGCCUUCUCUCGAAUAUGAGGUGCAGUCUACUUGCCUCGUCCGGCCUUCUCGCGGUGGCGUCGGCUGCGGCGGUCGAGUCAUCGCAGAGAAAGUCGUACGACGGAUACAAAGUGUUUCGUCUGAAAGUUGGGGAAGACGUGGCCAAAGUCAACAACAUCAUCGACACGCUCGGUCUCACGACAUGGAAAGGAAAGCCCCGUGUUGGUGCGGCCGCCGACAUUGUGGUUCCGCCCUCGCAGGUCGAUGCCUUCGAGGCGGAGAUCAAGGGGAUGGAGGCGGUCACCAUGCAUGAGGAUCUGGGCGCGUCCAUCGCAGACGAGUCCAACUUUAGUGUCUACGCAGCUGGAUCGGCCAAUAUCACGUGGUUCAACUCGUACCACAGCUACCGUGACCACCUCCAGUUCCUGAACGACCUCCAGGCGCAGUAUCCGACGCAGUCCGAGGUCGUCUCGGCUGGGAACUCGCUGCAGGGCAACGCGAUCACCGGCAUCCACUUCUGGGGCAAGUCCGGCAAGGGCAAGCCGGCCGUGGUCUUCCACGGCACGGUGCACGCGCGGGAGUGGAUCUCGACCAUGGUGAACGAGUACAUCGCCUACACGCUGCUGACGUCGACGGAGGGCCAGGUCUUCCUGGACAAGUACGACUUCUUCAUCUUCCCCGUCGUCAACCCGGACGGCUUCAUCUACACGCAGACGACGGACCGCAUGUGGCGCAAGAACCGGCAGACCACGUCCGGCAGCACCUGUCUCGGCCACGACAUCAACCGCAACUGGCCCUACCAGUGGUCCGUCAGCGGCGGCGCCUCCACAAACCCGUGCGCCGAGGACUUCAAGGGCCGCGCGGCCGGCGAUGCGCCCGAGACCGCCGUGCUGUCCUCAUGGCUGCGGACGACCAAGGCGAGCCAGGGCGUCAAGCUGUACAUUGACUGGCACUCGUACUCGCAGCUGUUCAUGACCCCAUAUGGAUACUCGUGCACGGCCGUCGCGGCCAAGAACAACGAGCUGCAGUCCCUCGCCCGGGGAGCGGUGGCAGCCAUCAAGGCCGUCCACGGCACGUCCUUCACCAGCGGGCCCAUCUGCUCGACCAUCUACAAGGCCACGGGCAACAGCGUCGACUACGUCAACGACGUCGUGGGCGGCGACUACACCUUCACCGUGGAGCUGCGGGAUACGGGCAACUACGGCUUUGUGCUGCCGGCGAGCCAGAUUCUGCCCAGUGGCGAGGAGGCGUAUGCCGGGGUGCGCUACCUGCUGCAGAACAUGAAAUGAGGCCAGUACUAGUACUAGUAGGGCGGCAUUAUUGUGUUGCUUCUCCUAGUCUGACUUCGUUGCCAGGAGAAAGAAAGGGUAUGGAUGGCAAGUUGUAUAUAGCAGCGCGUAGAAUUCAAAUAGGCAUCACCGCGAUGCUAUACUAAUGGCCUUUAUGCACGGCUUAGCGUU